CAGCCGGCGGAGCUCGGUCGGCCACCGCUGCGGCGAAGCUCCGGGCGCCGCCUCCUCGCAGCCCUCCGGGGGCUGCCGCGCUGCGGGGUGGGGGAAGGCAGGACUGACGCAGACAGGUCUGAAGAUGACCACAGCAACACGGCAAGAAGUCCUUGGCCUCUAUCGCAAAAUUUUCAGACUUGCAAGAAAAUGGCAGGCAGCAUCAGGGCAGAAGGAAGACACCAUGAAAGAAAAACAGUACAUACUCAGUGAAGCCAGAGCGCUGUUCCAGAAAAACAAAAACCUCACAGACAUAAACCUGAUUAAACAGUGUAUAGAUGAAUGCACUGCCAGGAUUGAAAUUGGACUGCAUUACCAGAUUCCUUACCCAAGACCAAUUCAUCUGCCUCCAAUGAGCCUUACACCACUACAAGGCCGAGGACUUCGAACCCAAGAGAAACUGAGGAAACUUUCCAAACCAGUAUAUCUCAAGUCUCAUGAUGAAGUUUCUUAACCCAGAAGAUAUUUGUUUCUGCAAAUGAUGAACCAAUUUGCUCUUGACUGUAAAUCAUACAAUAAGACCCUUCUCCUUGACUAAGGG